AUGUGUUACAUGGUAAACACAACCCCAGUGUGUGGAUCGAAGGACUCAUAUGUCAGUCCUUGGAUGCUUACUGUCAAUCUCAAAAGCCAUUCUCUCAGAGCCAUUCACCGUGCGCUCUCCUCCUCCCAUCCCCUCUCCCCCAGGAGGGAGUCGUUUGAGAGCGGCUUUGGCUCCUCCACGCCCAUGGUCUCCGGCCCUGCCCACAACAUCCGAUACGCCAUGCCUUUUGAGACGAGGGAGUCUUUUGAGAGCGGCUUUGGCUCCUCCACGCCCAUGGUCUCUGGCCCCGCCCACAACAUCCGCUACGCCAUGCACGCUCCCAGAGCAGUUGAGAUGGUGAAAACAAUCAUUGGGGAGCAAGGCAAGGUGUACCGAGGGGGGUACGAGGAGAUAGUUCUGUCGAAGCAUGCCCUGCAACAGGUGGCAGCAGCGUCGGAUCACACCCAUCUAUGGCAAGCGGUGCAGCAACCCUUCUUCGUCUUCACGCCCUGCCGGAGUACCGCCUUUCCCAACAAGACACUGAACGGCACUCGCCUCGCCCUACUGACCAGGCCGUACGGAGUGGAGUUUCUCAUCGAGACGGUGCUCACACCCCAUAGGUGGAACGAGUUUGAUGCCGAGAUGGCGGCUUCUUGGAAGGCCAUCUGCCUGGCAGUGGCAAACACGUCUCUUCGCGACUCUGACCUCCCCGCCUACCGCAAGGCAGUGCAGGACAGCAUUCUGAGAAUGGCCUACUAUUGGUACAACUUCAUGCCAUUGGCACGCGGCACAGCAAUGACAGGCCAUGUGGUCACGCUCGGCCUGCUCCUCGCCAUCGACCUCCAUGCCUCCCAGCCCAUCCCUCCUAGCGUCCAGGUGGACUGGGAGUCCAUCCUCUGCCCCUCAGCCGCCCUCUUCCUCCGCUCAGUCUCCUCCUGGCUCUACCCCUCUCUCACCCACUCGCCUCGCCUGAAGGAGCUCCUGAGUGUGGAGGACGCGUUUCCCUCCCUGGGUGAUGUUGUGGAAGUGCUGAGUGCGGCAGUGGGGGAGAUGGGCCAGGAGGGGGGAGAGGAGAGGGCAGAGAAAUGGGGAGCGGAGAGGGGAGAGGAUGGGGGAGAGGAUGGGGGAGAGCGGGGGGGAGGAGAGGGGGGAGAGGAGGAAAGACGAGGAAGCACAGGUGGAAAUCAGCGGCCUGGGGGGGCAUUGGAAGGAACAACCUUGGCGACAGGAGACGGGUUUGGUGAAGGGUCAAGCAGUGGGAGUAAGAAGAUGGAUGGGGUUCGUGAGAAGAAAUUGGAAGGAAAUGUGUCUGGUGGGGUUAAGAUUGAGGGAGGGGAGAAGGGAGAGUCUGGGGAGAGGGAGGAGAUUGAGG